UGGAAUUGAUAAUCUAUGUUUUUAGAUUGUUCCAAGAUUGUUGUUCUACAUCGGUGAUCGGUGUUGAUUUCAAUUAUCGGUGUCAAAGAUACUUAUUUACGAUACUUUAUUAAUUACAGUUUUGAUAUUUGACGAUUUUGCAAUAGUUUGGAGCAAUUUACGGGAUAAUCGCACAAUAAAAAUGGCAGAUCCUAAAUACGCCGAUUUACCUGGAAUUGCAUACGACCAGCUUGAUGUCUACGAGACGAGCGAUUUGCCAGAAUCGGAGCAAAUGCGAAUGUACUGUGAGGACGAACCUGAUAGUUCUUGUGUGGAGCAGUUACACAUCAGUGCUAAAGAAGCAUUCAAUAAAUUUAAGGGCAAACAAAUUGUUGGAAAACCUGUUGAUUUUUCAGAUCGUUUGUCUAACAAGCCACGGACAGGUUAUAAAUUUGGAGAUUGGGAACUUGUCAGUGAAGGUGAGAAGGAAACUCCACUUCAAAAAUACCAGCGACUACAGUGUGAAGUUAAGGAAUUGUUUGAAGAAAUAAAUGAAUUGAAGGAGAAAUCUAAGGACGAAGUAGAAAUCAAGUCUGCAAGUGAGAUUAUUUCUCAAGCACAGCAGAUAGAAAAACAAUUAAUCUCUCUAAAAUUAGAAGACUGUCUAGGACCUGAUGUUGUUGCCAGUUUAUCUGAUCCACAAGGCACAAUGCUUAAGCAAUUGAUAUCACAGAUAGAAUUAUUUAAACAAACCAACAUGCCUUCACCUAAGUCGUCAUCAGAGGAUAAGAAGGCAGAAUCAGGUGAACAUGGUAUUCUUAAAUAUCAAAUGAUGUAUUUCCCAGAAAAAGCAAGAAUGCAGGAAGCUGCUAGAAUUGCACAACUCGAACAAAGACUUUGCUGCCUAGAAAAUCUUGUAGGGACAAGUAACGAUAAACUUUCUAAAUUUUCACAGAAUCUUAAAUGUGAUGGCAUAAUGGAAGCUGUACAACAACUAGAAGCAAGGACUUCAUUGUUAGAUGUUAAUCAAUUGGAUACCAUUGAAACAAGAUUAGGCACUUUAAUGUACCGAAUGGACAGCAUUGCACAGAAAAAAGCGACAGCAGAACAAGAUUCAGAGCAAGAGCAAAAGAUCUCAGAGAUGUAUGAAAUUAUGAAAACAGAUGCUAUAGCGCAAAUAUUGCCACAAACGGUAGAAAGGUUAUUGACAUUGAGUGAUAUUCAUCAACAAGCUGCUACCUUCAGCAAAUCUUUAAUAAGAUUAGAAGAGCUACAAGCAGAAAUCUCAUCUGGAUUGGAUAGUAACAAGUCUUUAUUGAAAGGGGUGCAGGAAAGUUUUGCUUCUAAUAUGGAGGUUAUAAAGAGUAAUAUAGCAUUGCUCGAUGAACGUAUUAAAAAACUUAAAAAGUGAUCAAAAUAGAUUAAAUCUAGUUACGAAAGUAAGUAUUGCUGUACAACUAUAUUGAUAUUAUUUUCUAAGAUUAUUUUAUUCGGAGCUUUAUAUACUCCCUAUUAUGUUAUUUAUUUUAGAAAUUCUAUUUCCUCUUUAUACACGACUGUUUUGUUCUUACACAUUUUGCAAGUGUAUUAUUCAAUUUCUAAAAUAUAAUUGCUAAAAUAAUGAGCCUACUAAAAUUGUUCAGUAUAAUGCACAAGUUAAAAAUAUAUAAUAACUUCAUAUGUAAAGCAUGCAAACUAAAAUA